AUGCGUUCAGCUUCCAUCGUUCUGGCCUCGAGCCUUCUCUUCGUCAGCAAUGCCGUUGCAGCUACCUGGGGCGGUAGCUGGGGCGUCUGGAAGUCACCAGACUGGAGCGCUACAGGAAACAAUGCCUGUAUGACCGCUUCAGAUGCCCAGACGGUGGCCGACAACUUUGAUGCACUCAUCGCCAACUACAGUGACGCUCUCGCCCGGAAGACCUUGACUGAGAACUUCCACGACUACACCGACAGCGUCAUCGAGCUCAUCGACAACGGAUGCCCCAACGGUCCUCUACCUCGCGGCGUCCCCACCUUCGCAAGCCGCACCGAGUUCGAGAAAGGCCAAGGUUCCCAGCCGGCCAUCGACUUCCAACAGCUCAACCUAUGGCACAACUGUGAGACCGUCACGCUCCGCUGGAUGUCACGCAUGAGCCCCACCAACAUCACCGGCAUCAUCGUGCUCGAGACCGUCCGCGGCAAUGACGGCGUCUGGCUCAUCAACACCGUCUACUCCGAGUUCAACUCGGGCGCUUGGUUGGUCGACCUCGGUGUGUUCAAGCCGCAGAAUUGCAGUGCUGGUGCGCCGGGGGCACCUGGUGCAUCUGGGGUGCAUCAACGGUCGUACAUGCUCUGA